GAGAAGUGCUUUAUGUGUUUGAAGUAGUUUGUGACUUAUGACUCACUGCAGUGUUUUAUUUACCUUCUAAACAGACAUACGUGGCAGUGUGUGUGUGUGUGUGUGUGUGUGUGUGUGUGUGUGUGUGUGUGUGUGUGUGUGUGUGUGUGUGUGUGUGUGUGUGUGUGUGUGUGUGUGUGUGUGUGUGCGCGCGCGCGUGGUUAGUCUUUGACCAGAAAGCCAGAGUAACUAAAAUACUUAAUAAUCAAGUGUCUGACUGUUACUUUAGUGUUUUAUAAUAAAUUUAAAAAGCACAGUUUUAAAUCUAGGGUAAACAGAUUUUAACGUGUCACAGGCUGAAUUGAGUUAGAUUUCAGUUUCAACAGUAGAAAAAUAUUUCCUCAAAUUAUUACAUUUUUGAACUAUCCAAUUAUUUUUAUAUAUGGGCUUUAUGACAGGAGAAGGUUAAGCCUAAACUUUGUUGUGUUUUGUAUGAAACGCAUGAUGUUCCAACUGGGAAAAUAAAAAUUGUAUUUAUAAAUAUGGAGAGAAAAGAGGCAACAUUGAGCCCCAAAUAAAAGAGGUUUAAAACUAACGCAAACGCAAAUAGGCCAAAUAUAAGUGUUUUUUUGUUUGUUUGUUUGUUUGUUUUGGCAUCUAAUUUUUUUCAGGGAGCGCUCAUCUCUCCACAUCAUCGGAGAAGGGUAUGCGUGGCUGAGGCGGAGGCGCGGCCAGUGGGCGGUGUUCAUAUCCACCGCACCGGUCAAUGCGCUCCUCGGAUCCUGCGGGGAACCCGUUUCUGUGCCACGUUAGCAAUGAAGUUUUAAAAUAAUCAUCAAAUCUGUGAUUCAACAAAUGCUGUAAAUGCUUUUUAUUUAAAAUGAACACACGGAAAAACCCUCGUCGACACCAGGUCGACACCCAUGACCUCUUGGCUGAGUUUUGCGCCGGCGACAGAACAAGGAGCGCAUCCCUCCUGGAACUCUUGCAUCACGCGGAAGGAGGAACACACGCUGAUCUGGUUCCGUGUGUCUACAAACCACAGGAACACGCGGGUAAACGCGCUGCCUCGUCUCCCUGGGUUUAUAACCUAUAUCCUUACUUUAAUAAUGGUUUUAAUAUCUAAACUGUAUUUUUAAAACAAAACUUGUCGCGCGAGCCUUGUUUCGUAGCGCGACAUUAAAGCUGCACGUGCUCGUUUGUACCCCCAACAAGCAGGGUAAAGAUAAUCUUUACGUUUUUCAAGACCAGCUUCUUCUACCUCUCUGCUAAAGAUAUUUCCUGGACGUAAUGUCUCAGAUGGAGAAGCAGCCACUGCCAACCGAUGAUGAUGACAAGGUUGAAGCCGCAGAGCCGGAGGUCGAUUGCUAUGCCCCGGAGCAGGGCUCCUCUGAGCCGGCCUCUCGAGCGGGAUGGAACAGUAAAAUCGAGUAUUUUCUGGCUCAGGUCGGAUUCAGCGUUGGACUCGGCAACGUCUGGAGGUUUCCGUAUUUGUGCCACCAGAAUGGAGGCGGUGCUUUCCUCCUGCUGUACAUCUUACUGAUGCUGAUUGUGGGGAUCCCUCUGUUCUUCCUGGAGCUGGCAGCCGGUCAGGCCAUCCGGCAGGGAAGCAUCGGAGUGUGGAAGUACAUCUCUCCAAAGCUCUCGGGCAUCGGCUACUCCAGCUGUGUGGUUUGCUUCUUUGUGGCGCUCUACUACAACGUGAUCCUCGCCUGGAGUCUUUACUAUUUUGGGAACUCGUUCCAGUACCCGUUACCGUGGGAACAGUGUCCGGAACUGGGAAAUAUAACUGUAAAAGAAUGUAAGAGCAGUUCUCCCACAUCCUAUUUCUGGUACCGCAAAGCUUUGGACGUUACGGACUCGAUCGAUGAGAUGGGCUCCUUUAAUGUGUAUAUCGUUGGCUGUCUGCUGCUGGCCUGGACCAUCGUGUGCCUGGGAAUGUUCAAGGGCAUCAAGUCAUCAGUCAAGGUGAUGUAUUUCUCCUCCAUCUUCCCUUAUGUGGUGCUGAUCUGCUUCCUGAUCCGAGGACUCCUGCAGGACGGAGCUUCAGAAGGAAUCGCUUACAUGUUUUACCCCAAGCUGGAGAUCUGGGCGGAUGUACAGGUGUGGCGUCAGGCAGCCACUCAGGUGUUCUUCGCUUUGGGCCUGGGAUUCGGCUCCAUCAUCGCCUACUCCUCAUACAACCCAAAGAACAACAACUGCCACCGCGACGCCUUCACCGUCUCCUUCAUUAACUUCCUCACGUCGGUGCUGGCCACUCUGGUGGUGUUUGCUGUGCUUGGAUUCAGGGCCAAAAAAACUGUCAUGGCGUGUGUGUCCAGUAAUGUACAGAAGUUGUCAGAGCACAGCUGUGUGCUGGACACACACCUGCUGCCCACCUUCAACUACUCUGAUCCAGGAUCUGUGGCUCUAGAGGACUACACCCGCUGGCUUGAACAGAAUGAACACCAGCUACCGUGUAACAUUACAGCCUGUGACCUGGAAAAGGAGAUGCAGAAGGGCGUUGAGGGAACGGGUCUGGCUUUCAUCGCUUUCACAGAGGCCAUGACCCUGCUACCUGGAAGCCCCUUCUGGUCGGCCCUGUUCUUCCUAAUGCUGCUCAACUUGGGUCUCAGCACCAUGUUUGGUACCAUGGAGGGCAUCCUCGCCCCCCUGAGGGACCGCUUCAAGUGUCUGUCCAAGAACAAGACCAAACUCACAAUUGGCAGCUGCAUCAUCGGCUUCCUGAUCGGCCUCCUCUUCACCCAGCGCUGCGGGAACUACUUUGUGACCAUGUUUGACGAUUACUCCGCCACGCUUCCGCUCAUCAUUGUUGUCGUGUUUGAAACCUUCAGCGUGUCGUGGCUGUAUGGAGCUGACAGAUUCCUCGACGACAUCGAGGGGAUGCUGGGCUGGCGUCCUCCCGUCAUUUACAAGUACCUGUGGAAAUACGUGUGCCUGCUGGCCAUGCUGGGCCUGCUGGGAGCUACCAUUAUCGGCAUGUUUAUAAAAACACCAACGUACAUGGCGUGGAACCAGGAAACGGCGUCUGAGGACCAUCUGCCGUAUCCUGGCUGGGCGCUGGCUGUUCUGUCAUUACUGAUCAUUUUCGCCAUGCUGCCUGUCCCAGUGGGGUUGGUCCACUCUGUUGUGUGGGACAGAAGACGACGGACACACAGGGACACGGAGACGGGUCAUUACAGCAUCGUCAGCACCGAUGAGACUCCCAUGUCGGAGCUGGACAACGGGAACGCGUUCCCUGCUUCUGUUUCCUGAACACUGGAAGAAAGAUAGAUUGGCCGUUUUUAAAGACAUUUAAAUUAUUCAACAAAGUUUACCACAAGUGUGAAUCCGAAACUUCUAUUUUUAAUAUUUAAACCCCCAUAUCUUUAUUUAACUUAUGUUCGUGUGUAUCCAGAGGAUAUUGGGGCAGCAGUAGCUCAGGAGGUAGAGCAGGAUAGAUUCCAGCUCUCUACUGCUGUGUCCUUGGGCAAGACACUUUACCUGAUUUGCCUGUAUGGGUGGUGGUCAGAGGGGCUGAUGGUGCAUAAUGGCAGCUUCGCCUCUGUCGGGCCAUCUCAGGGCGGCUGUGGCUACGUAGUAAUGUGAGAGCGCGUGAAUAAUGGAAAGCGCUAUAUAAAUCUAAUCCUUUAUUGUCAAUACUGGUCUUGUUAUAUUUUAAUUAUAAUUUGCACAACUUUUAGAAAGUUUUGUACAUGAAAAACAUGGAACAAAAAAAGCUCAGUUUAUAGAUGUAAUCACGUUUUUAUCACACACGUCUAGUUAUCUCUAGCUCCCUAGAACGUAUCCUGAUGUCACCAGGGGUGCACCGAUGUGACGAGGUAAAGGCCGAUAUCAAUAUCCGAUUAUGAAAUCGCUGUUAAUCUGAUAACCGGUAUUACAUUAGUAUAUGUGGGAUGUAAGAAAAUAACGAUUCACUAAAAUAUCGCAAUAUUUGGUGUCCUAUUCAAUCAUAUAAAAGCAGUGUAGAGAUUUGUUUAUGAAGAAUUUACAUGCAGACAUACAUUUUUUCCCUUUUGCAUGGUGAACUAGUCUGACUGCUAGGUGGCAACAGUUUUUACCACCCUCACUCUGACUGAACAAGACCUGGCGAUAACACUGGAUGAGCAUCUGGCCCGAGUUUCUCAAUAACAUCAGUGUAAAAACACUGCAGAUAUUUUCUGACUUUUAGUUUCACAAUCUAUCGUGUCCUCUCAUAUUAAGUUAUAUAAAUUGUAUUGCCAGGUUCUCAUCACCCCCCCCAAUGUAUACACACCACACACAUUUAUGCUUCAGAGACGAUUGCCGUCACUUUCACACGAGUAAACAACUACGCGUCGUCUCCCCUUCCCUCUGAAAACGGACCGAUGUGUUAAAGGACCAGCAUCGGCCAGCGCCGAUGGAUCUUGCAUCCCUAUUUGUCACACUUUAUGCUGCUGCAUGUUUUAUUUGUAUUUUUUCCACUGUUGGUUACAGCGUUCAGAGGUCAGGUUUAUCACCACACCAAGUGUUUCAGCAGACGUAGAACCAGGAGCUGAACAAAGGGCUACGUUAUAUCUGAAUCACUCCAAGCCGGAGCUUUUUAAAACGCAUGUAUGAAAGAUGAACUUUUCAGUAACACUUCCAUAAACGGCUCAACAGGAGUAUAGCUUUUAUAAAGGUCCUUUUGGGCAUUUGUAACACUGCCAAAGAUGUUUUCUGUCAUUUAAGGCAAAAAUAACAUUUCCUGUUGAAUUUUAUUCCCUUUCUGUUUCAAGCCCUAAAGUGUUGCUGCUGCUAAAUCAAAGCCCAUCAGGGAAAAAAAACACUUCAAGUCUCUGUUGUGCCCUGAUCUGUUACGAUAGCUUUCUGUGCAGAUUAUUGAUAUUUAUGAGACAUUUGUCUCUUAAAUGGUAUCUGAGGAUUUGGUUCUGACUCUUUAAAAGUCAGCAUUAACCACGCACCCCUGAAUCAGAAAGUUCUGUUGUAAAUAUGUUCAUAAUGUAAAAUGUAAUAUAUAAAUAUGUGUUGUUCUGCAGUUUGUGGCUGUAAAUUAGGAAUUGGCUUAAAUCUUUUUUUUUUUUUUUUUUUUUUUUUUUUUUUUUUUUGUAAUAGAAGAGUAGUGACCUGCUUCCUGAACCCGCCGAGGACUUAACCUGUUUUCGACUUGGCUAUGGGAGUAUUGUGACUUGUGUUGACUCGGUGGAUUAGUUACUGUUUUAUCGGUUGUUGUUUACAGUCAAAAUGAAUUGAUCAGGAAUGUGAAUGCUGUUUGUAUUCUGAGUGCCUUUGAGAGAACAAAGUGUUGAAUCAUUCCAGUGUGUUUGUAAUUAUGAAACCUCUUAUUUUGCUGUAGAUGUGUGUACAUAGUUUCUGUCUUGUUUUUAGCUCUUUUAAUAAAAUUUUUCACAUCCA